UUCUCUCACUCUCGCUGUAAUGGAGUUGUUCAUCUUCAUUGCUUUUCAGCUUCUUAUAGAGGUUCAGUCUUACAGUUCACUUCAGAAACCCUUCAUCAGUGUUAAUGACGAUGAUGUCCAGCCCAUCAUAGCCUGUGAAAUACCAGAUUCCGUCAGAGCUAAUUUCACCUGUAGUCUCUACACUGAGGAUGUUCUUCUGUACUCUCAGAAGAGACAGUCUGGAGAACGUCUUUGUAUGUUUUAUGUAACUCCUGGUGAACUCAUGAUACGAUCAGUGAGCAGUCAGCUGAGCUGUGAUUAUUCACUCAACACUGAACCUGAGAUCAGAUCACUGCGCAGUGACACAAUCACUGUCAGAGUUUCCAUUGUAACCUCUACUCUGCCAGAUAUCAGAAGUAUAUCAGGACAUGUUCCAUCAGCAGCGUCCACUCAAAAAACAAAGACAGAAACAUCAACAACAGCUGCCAGUUCCACCACUGAAACUUCGACAUCCACCAGAACUGGGGUUUCUAGUGUUCACACUUCAACAGCUGGUCCUAAAGAUCCACUCACACCACCACACAGAGAAACAUGGUUUAUAGUUCUGGUUUCCACUGGUGUUGGUGUCAUUCUGACUGGAUUCAUCUGUCUGUGUCGGUUUGCAAGUAUAAAAAGAAGAAACCCCAAUAAAAUGAGAUCAGUAUCAUCAGAUGUGCCCAGUCAAGAAAUCGGUAUGAGUUCUGGACCUGCAGAGACAUAUUCUCUGAUAACUUAUGUACCAGCCCCAUCUCAGCCCAUAUCUGUGGGCCUCGAACACCCAGAUUCCCAUCAGGACAACACACCAGAUCCUACAGCGACAUACUCUUUCAUUAUGGCUGAAAAUUCAAUUUACCAGCCCUCAGAAGUUUUGGACAAUACUCAACAGAAAGAGGGAAAUACAGCAGAAAAUAAGAAUGUUUACCACCUGUACUGCACGAUCCCUGACAAACCAGUUCAGUCAAACGCAGCAGAUCAAGUCUACAGUUUGGUGAAGAUGCACUGAUGAGCUUCAAGUUUCAUUAUGUAUUCAUUAUAAAUAAAGUAUCUUUACUUGCUUACAAA